CUUCUGAUCAGUUAUAUCUCUUAAAAUCAGCAUUAAAAUUUAGUAAUGAAAUUUUUUUUCACCUUUCUAUUGUUUUUAUUUUCAGAUUCGAAUUUAGACUCAGGGGACAACAACAUCCAGGUGUUUGUAAGAAUAAGACCUCCGUGUCAAGAUGAACCUGGUAAUGCGAGAGUUGUUGAUGCAGACCCAAAUAAUGCCCAAGUCAUACUUAGACAGCAACCAAAGAGCAAGGUGUUUGCCUUUGACUAUGUGGCAGAUGUGGACUCGAGACAGGAAACAAUUUUUUCCAAACUUGGUAAAAAGGUGAUAGAGAACUGCAUUGCUGGAUACAAUGGUACCAUUUUUGCCUACGGCCAGACAGGUUCUGGUAAAACAUUUACCAUGAUGGGGCCUUCAGAAGAUGCUGAGAAUUUCCAGCAUGAACAACGAGGAGUGAUUCCACGAAGUUUUGAAUACAUGUAUAGCCUCAUUACUAGAGAAAAAGAAUUGCAUGGAGAAAAUAAGCAGUUUUUAUGCAAAUGUUCAUUCCUGGAGAAAAAAUACAAUGAACAAAUUUUAUGUUUGAAUCUUGCAAUGGACUUUAGAUUCUUUCAUAAUGAUAAAGCUAUCCAGCUAUUGCAGAACUUUGGUGGUUUAACUCAGGUAUUAAGUUCAAGUUGGAUGAAUAGGAAAGUUGCAUCGACCUCCAUGAACAGAGAAUCUUCUAGAAGUCACGCAGUGUUUACACUCCAAAUAGAGUCCAAGAUGUGUAAAGGUGGCAUGGACAAGGUUAUCACAUCAUCACUUAACUUGGUUGAUUUAGCUGGCAGUGAGAGACAAAAAGAUACUCUUGCUACAGGACUUAGACUUUAAAAAGCUGGCUCCAUUAACAGUUUGUCUAAUCUUGGUAAAGUUAUUAUGUGUCUUGUCAAUGUAUCCAGAGAUGGCAAGAAAAGAUUUAUACCAUAUCGUGACUCGAAAUUAACCUUCCUGCUCAGGGAUUCACUGGGAGGUAACUCGAAGACAAGUCUGAUUGCCUGUGUACAUUCAGGAUAUAAGUGUUAUGGGGAGACACUCUCUACAUUGCUGUUUGCCAAAAAUGCCAAGAUGAUCAAGAACAAAGCUGUGCUGAAUGAGAAUUCGCAUGGAAACCUACUGAAAUUACAAACCUUAGUUAAAGAGUUGACUGCUGAGUUAGAUUUAUAUAAAAGAGGCGUUCAACGUCCAAUCUCUACAGCUGAAGUGGAAGUUGAGAUGCCAGUACUAAAAGAAAUGUUUUUACAGGCAAUGAGACUUCGUCAGGUUGCUGAAACUGAGAAACAGGAUCUUCAUAUGGAAAUAGAAAAGUUACGAGAAUUAUGUGACAAGAAGGAUAAAGCGAUACAAACUAACAAAAUGAUCAUAAAGUUCAGGGACAACAAUAUCAAAAGAUUGAGUGAAAAGAUGAAAGGACAGGAGACCAGUUCUCAAGAGGAGGAGUUGUUAAAGGAGAUUGAAGUAUUGAGGUCACAAGUAGAGCACCAUCCUUUUGUCGCCAAACAUUCUCUAGAGGUUCAGAGAUUGAAGGCUACUAUCAAGUCUCUACGUGAAGACACAGGUGUCCUCGCUAAUAUUCAUGCAGAUGGUGAGAAGAUUCGUGAGCUAGAGGAGGAAUAUCAUAAAUUACUUGCAGAACAGGGUGAUAAACCAGAUACAACACCACAAAGAGCAGAUAUGACUUCGACAGCAACAAUAGAAAAGAUGAGGUCACAAAUGUCCGAAUUAGAGGGUCAGGUAGAAAAGUUAAAAGAAGAACUAUGUCAGUGUCAGCAAAAUGCGGAAAAGAAAGAGAAAUUGCAGGACAGUGAAAUUGAGUCUUUCAAGAAAACAGUAGCUGAGCUGGAGAUGAUAAUAUCUGCCAACAACAUGCGUACUAAACUUGAAAAAGCUGCAAUCAAUGAAAUGCACAGACAAACUGUCCUGACUAUUACAACGCCUAAGAAAGAAAGAUAUCAACUGCGUAACAGGACUGUAGUUGCAAGUUGUGAGACCCCAGACCUGGAUAUUUCAAUACCUUUCGAGGAACCUAAGCCCACGUCCCCAGUUCAAGAUGAGGGAAUUCUAGGGGAAGUGUUCCCAGAGGAGGUUGCUCAGCAAGCCCUGCUUGAGCAAAUAAAACAAUUACAGGAACAAAAUGGAAGUUUAGAAUGUAGGCUGGGAGAAUAUGACACUGACCGUGUGAAGAAUUUACAUGAAAUUACCGUCAUGAAGUCACAAAUACAGGGCACAGAAGAGUUAUUGGAGAAAGAACGUGAAAUGGUACACAGUUUAAGAGAGCAGUUGAUCCAGUUUGAGCCAAAAUUUCGAGCUGUCACUGAGGAUAUGGAAAAUGCUGUUGGAGAGUCCAGAGAUCUGAGAUUGUUACUGUCACAAGCUGAUAAACAGUUACGGGAAUAUAAAGAAAAAGUUAAACAGCAGGAGUUGGAGAAGAAUGCCUGUAUAGAAGAGAUAGAAUCAAAGUAUAGAGUUAUUGAGGUAACCAUGGAGACAAUGGUAAAGGCCCAGGAGAAGAUACAAGAAGAAAAGGACAUGCUAGAGUGUUAUCUGGAAGUUGAAAAAGAAUCAAAAGAGUUUCAUGAAGAUUUAGCCCUCCAGUUUGAAGCGAAAAAUAUUGAACAAGACAAAAAGAUCAAGGAAUUAGAGCAUCAGAUUCAGAGUGCAGAACACAUCAUCAUGGAGGAGAAGGAUUUAAGAGAAUCACUGGUUAACCAACUCAGUUAUGAGGGCAAGGAAAAAGAUCGUGAAAUGUUGCAUCAGUUAGAUGAGAAUAAACUACUCAUGAUGGAAUACAAUUCGUUGAAGAACAUGCUUGAGGCCCAUGAAGAUUCUGCAGAUAAAUUGAGAAAGGCUCUGGAAGAAAAAGACGCGUGUAUAGUGAAUCAUGAGAAAAAUAUAAAGGCAUUGGAGGACAAAGUUCUUCACUACUAUAAGACUAUGGAAGAUCAAAAUGAUAAAAUAUCGGAAUUAAAGGAAAACUUGCAGAAUGUUGAAGAACAGAUAGUAUUUUACAUGGAGAAAGAAACAUCUACCAAUGAGAAGAUAGAAAACUUGGAAGAACAAAUCAAAGCAAAAGAGGAGGAGAUUGAAACAGAGAGGAAAAAUCAUACAUUUAAGGUAGAGAUGUUGAACGAGGAUUUAAAAUCGUACCAGGAGAACAUUGAAGAACUACAACUCGAGUACGAGCGUAGUCAACAGCAAUUAAACCUCAGUGAAACCAACGUGAAAAACCUGGAAACUAAAAUAAACACACUAACUGAAACGCUGAAGUCAAAAGAAGAAGCAACUGAAAAGUUGAGUAGCAAGUCAAUGGAACUUGAAGAAUUAACACAACAGCUCAGUCUACUAGAAAGUGCUAGACAACAAAGAACCAUUGAGAACAUUGAAAUAUCCAAUGAAAACAAAGGACUUAAGGUUAAAAUUGAGGAAAUAGAAAAACAGAACAAUGCAACAUGUACAGAAUUGGAAUUCUUGAAAACCGAGUACCAGUCUAUGAAAGAAAA